GAUUAUCAACAUGUUACCAAUUCAUUCAGGAAAAAAGUCUACUAUCACAAGUCGUAUGGCAGAUCAAGUAUUAGCCACCACAUUAUUUCCAGAAGAAGAUACAAUCAUUAAAGACAUUACAGAUAUAGAUCAGUUUGAAAAAGAAAAGAAAAAAGACCCAUUAUCAAGUCAGAUAUGGCGUAUGUACACAAAAGCAAAAGAUACUUUACCUAAUGGGAAUCGACUUGAGAACCUAACAUGGCGUAUGAUGGCCAUGACACUCAAAAAAGAAGAACCCAUGGAAAC